AUGGCAGUCACCCUCCCCAACACAUCCCUAUCCGCAAACGACGCACGCAUCCUCAACGCGCUAUUCGAUCCAGAAACCCUUCCUUCCUCCGUCGGCCAACAAAAAGACAUAUCGUCAUCAAUCGACCCAUCACUACCCGCCCAUCCCAUCAUACCAGACACGCAGCUCGCCGUGCUUGAACGCCAACAAAGCGAAAUCAUAGGCCGCAUCUCCAGCACAUCAAGCGCCACCGAGAUAGACUCUGCGAUCGAAGAACUGAAUGCGGUGGUAGAGCAGUGGCCGGCGUAUGCGGGCGCGUGGGUGAACCGUGCCAUGGUACGGCGGAUGAAGCUUGAAGCUACUUUGGCAGAAGGGAAGACCAUUUUCGCAGCUAUGACUGAGACAUCGGAGUCAGACACUGAGGCUGUGUUCUCUGAUCUCGCGCAAGCGAUUAAAGUCUCCACAGCUUCCACAUCAACACCAGCCGUAUCGCCGCAUGCUGCGAAGAUUCUACGGACGGCAUAUUCGCACCGCGCGUAUCUGUAUCUCAAAGCUGUGGAAUCAGAAGUGCGGCUAAAUGGAAUGACGAAGUCGGAGUUGGAGGAGCAAGCGAGUAAAGACUUUGCGGCUGCGGCAAGAUAUGGAGAUGAAGUGGCGAGGGAGAUGAGUGUCAGGACGAAUCCGUAUAAGAAGAUGUGUGGAGUUAUUGUUAGGGAUGCGCUGAGGGAAGAGAUGGGUAUGAAUGCUUCGGGCUGA